GCGGCCGCCGCUGCUCGCCAGCCCUGCGCCGUGCCGGAGAGCGCAGUGGCGGCGGCGGGAAAGGGCUGCGAAAUCGCGGCGCUGCGUCUCACACUCGACGACGCGGCCUCGGCCUCGACGCCCUCGGCCCGUUCCCGGAGCAGCCUCUUCGCACGUUCCGAGUUUGGAUACUGCGGGGAGGCAUUCCCGGUUCCCGGUGUCUGUGCCGCUUGGAUCGUCGUCCACACCCCCUCCCCCACGGCAACUUUGAUCCUCGCUGGGUCCCUCCUUGAGCCCUACCGUGAUCCGGACCCUCUCCUAGAGGUCCGUGUGGAAAUCCGUCUUGGAUAGAAUAUUUUAUUCAUGGGAAAGAGAUGCCCUGUAUUAUGGACCUGAGUAUUCCAGGUACCGAAAUGGACUCUCCCCAGCAUUGGUGCGUAACUUUUUGCUAAGAUGGAUUCUACCGCAGAAGGCUGUUGGGGUAAGAAGACAUUAUGUUGGAUAACAGGAAGAGCUGUAGAGUUUGCAGGUGUCAACUGUGGCCUUAAUAAGCACAUUGAUAGCAUCAGUGAUAGACAGUUGAAAUUUAUUUCUGGAUAUUUUUCCAUAAAGGUUCUUCAUUUGAGAACCAGCCCUUUCACAUUUCUCCAUAAUAUGUCAAACCUUCUUACCCAUCCUAAUUUCCCAUAUCCUUUUAGAAUAUUUAGGUCAGGUAUGUAUAUGAAGAAGCUACACAAGCUUGUUUAAGCUAGUGUAUUAAUGAGGCCUUCUUUAUGGAAAAAUGAAGAUAUACAAAAUCAGGUGAUAAAAGUUAAAUGUGAACAUUACUUAAGUGAAUAAAUAGGAUUGAAGUAAACUGGAUCUACAGAGUGAUUGGGAGGUAGUGUCAGCUAUGUAUGCUUUUAUACUUAAGAGUUUCUUCCCUAUACUGGUUGGAUACUUAAACUGCCUGUGUGUUUAGAUCCUUUUCCAUAUAGGUAGACACAAUAAAAAAAGGGGUGGAAGGAUAUAUAGUUUGCAAGCUGGAGGAAGUGUAUAGGGAAGUCCAAGAUUCAGCUUUAAUUGAUAAUAGUGGUUGUUUUUUCCCAUGAUGAUGAAAUAAUGUAUAUAUUAUAGAUUAUUUGGAAAAUGCAAAAAAUAGUUUAUAAAAAGUAGAUUAAAAAAGUAGUAGUUAAAAAUAAAGUUACCAUUACCCAGGAUUUCCUUUCCAAUCUAAUAUAGUCCAGUCCCAUUUAGGUGUCUGUAUAAAUUAUAUUCAGUUUUGUGUCUUGCUUUCUUUUUUAACAUAGUUUUAAAAAAAACUCUAGUUAAUAUUAUCCAAAAUAUAGUCUUUAAUGGCUGUAUAAAAUUCCAUCUUAUAAAUCUGCAGGGAUAUUGUAUCUAGUAGAGUCUAGCAAACCUGGGUUCAGAUCCCAGUUUUGCUACUUAAGAGCCUUAAGCCUGAUAACUUACUUUUUCUAGUCCUUAGUUUUCUUUUGUGAAAUAGGCAUAAUAUUAAUUACUGUUUUAAGAAUUAAGUAAAAUCAUGAUCUUAACAUUCUAGCUGGCAUAUGUUAAGUAUUUAAUACAUUGUACUUACCAUCAUCAGAAAGUUUUUUAUCAUUUCUUUCUCACCAAAUAUUUAGUUGUUUUCCAUUUCUCUUUGUAAAAAGUUAUAGUAUUUUGAACAUCUCUAUAUAAAUAUUUAUGUAAAUCUGUGAUUAUUUUUUAUGAUGAGUUCCUAGAAGUAGAAUCAAAAAAAUGGGUCAAAAAAUAUAAGUAACCUAAAAUUUCUUGACACAUAGUGCCAUUUUGCUUUUCAGAAAGGUUAUACCAGUUUACAGUCAUCACAGUGUAUAAAAAUUUUUAUUUUACUCUAGCCUUGCUAACACUGGCUAUUGUCAUUUUUAAAAAUUAUGUUUUAUUUAAUAGGCAAUAUAAAAAUGUUUUAAUCCUAUGUUAUCUCUUUUAAUUUGGUUUUAUUAAUGGGGUUAAACUUUUUUUGUUUUGUUUUGUUUUGUUUUUUGCGGUACACGGGCCUCUCACUGUUGUGGCCUCUCCCGUUGCGGAGCACAGGCUCCGGACGCGCAGGCUCAGUGGCCAUGGCUCACGGGCCCAGCCGCUCCGCGGCAUGUGGGAUCCUCCCGGACCGGGGACGAACCUGUGUCCCCUGCAUCGGCAGGCAGACUCUCAACCACUGCGCCACCAGGGAAGCACCGGGGUUAAACUUUUUAAUGUUUAUUGAGUAUUUCUGUUUCUUCUUAGAAUUCUGUACCUAUUGCUUUCUUGUUCUUGGUUCUUUUUCCCUGCCUUAAUCCUUUAUUCAGCAGCAGAAAUUUAUUGUGUGCUUACUAUGUGUUAGACAUUGUUUUAGUAUUGGUAUUUAAUUUUGAUAUUUACUAUAGUGAUGGCAAUGCAGGAGUGAACAGAAUUGACAAAAACAUAUUUUUCAAAGAGCUUACUUUUAGUGUCAGUGUAUACAGGCAUUAAACAAAAUAAACAUCUAAAUUAUAGAGUGAUAACUGCUUUGAAGCAAAAAAUAAUGAAAGGGAGAUGGAGAGAACUCUGUCUGUGCGCACGAUUUUACACUGGGUGAUUAGGGAAAGCCUCACUACAAAGGGGCCAUGAGUAAAGUCUUGUAAAAAGCAAGUCAGAUACGUAUCUGGGGGGUGGGGAGGAGUGCAUUUCUGGCUAUGAAUCAAGUGUAAGGGCAGUGAAGCAGGAGAAUACUGGGUGAGUUUAAGAAAGAGCAAGAGGGAGAGUAGCAAGAAAUGAUUUGAGAGAGUUAUUAGGGAACCAGACUGUUUAGGAUUGUAACUAGGCCAUUUUAAGAACUUGGGCUUUUACUCUGUGUGAGAUUCAGAGCUAUUGGAGGUUUUAAAGCAAAGGAGUGACCUGAUUUGACUUAUGAUCUACUGAUUCAAUGCAGUCCCUGUCAGUGUACUGUCUGACUUUGCAGAAAUUGACGAGCUGACUCUAAAUUUCACAUGGAAAUUGCAAGGGGCCCGGAAUUGCAAAACAGUCUUGGAAAAGGAGAACAAAGUUGGAAGAUUCACAUUUCCUAAUUUUAAGACUUACUGCAAAGCACAAUAAUCAGAACAGUGUGAUACUGGCAUAAGAAUAGACAUAUAGAUGAAUGAAAUACAACUGAGAGUCAAGCAGUAAACUCUUAUUCUCAUGGCUCAUGUGGCUGGUGGCUGCCAUAUUGACAUUGCAGUCCUGGAAGAUGGAGAGAGCUAUGACAUAAUAAAUUUAAUUAAAAGGUCCUAUUACUGCUGGAUUGUGCAAGAUAUUUAACCCUGUUUUCUUUGAGGUAUGACUUAAAUAUCAAACAUCUUAAAUAAGAGAAGGGAAACAUUUUAGUUUUGGAAGUCAGAAUGCCAAGGAGAAGGAAAAAUCUUGGGGGAAAUCCUUUUCGGAAGACUACAAACUCUAAGGAAGUUGUAUCCAGUGUUGCUAGUCAUGAGGAGCCAACCACUACUCUUCCUUCCAUGUGUGAGACAAAAGUUGAUCAGGAAGAACUCUUCACCAGUAUCUCAGAGAUGUUUUCUGAUCUGGAUCCUGAUGUAGUGUAUUUGAUGCUUUCUGAAUGUGAUUUCAAAGUUGAAAAUGCCAUGGAUUGUCUAUUAGAAUUAUCAGCCACUGACGCUAAAAUAGAAGAAUCGCCUUCAAAAAGCUUCGUUGCUUCUGAGAACCAAGUAGAUGCAGUGGGAAGUGAAAUAAUGGAAAAGUGUCCUCCUGAAGAAGAGAGCGAAGAUUCAAAAAUGGAUUCAUUUUUGGACAUGCAGCUAACUGAAGACUUAGAUUCCUUAAUACAGAAUGCUUUUGAGAAAUUGAACUCUUCUCCUGAUGACCAUGCAUACUCAUUUUUGCCUUUGCAAGAUGUUAAUAAUUUUAGUAACCCGAGCGCAUUUAUAAAUUCAGAUUCAAGUAGUGUGACUCCCAUUCUUUCUACCCAAAAUAUGGAUUUGAACAGUGAAAAUGUAGAGAGUUCUGCCCCUAUAUUAAGUUCAAAUUCCUUAACUUCACAUUCACUUUCAAAUGAGUCCAAAAGUUUUACAAAGGAUAACACAUUGGCAUUGGAAGAUUCUCUUCUCAGUAGUUCUUUAAAUGUAGCAAAUGACACUAUGAUGGAUUGUAGUAACCAAAUUCAGAAAGAGCUUUUAGAAUCUGUGUGUGUUAAGACUCAGUUCUCUCAAGCCCCUGUAGAUCUGGAUGCCAACGAACUUCAGGCUCCUUCAAACCGUACUGUGCAAAAUCUGGGGCUUGGUUUACUAGGUACAGGUGGAGAUCAGAAAUCUUCUGUCCCUGAUGUUUUUGUACCUUCUGAAGAAUUCAAUUUCCAGUCACACAAACAGACUGAACUGCCACCAAAGGGGAAGGAUGUGAAUUACUGCCCAGUACUUACCCCUCUCCCUCUACUGCUGCCUCCUCCUCCCCCUCCACCAUUGUGGAAUCCAAUGAUUCCUGCUUUUGACCUCUUUCAAGGAAACCAUGGCUUUGUAGCUCCUGUUGUAACCACAGCUGCACACUGGAGACCUGUCAACUAUACAUUUCCACCCCCGGUUAUUUCUCAUACGUCCCCAACAAAGGUAUGGAGAAAUAAAGAGGGAACAAGUGCUUAUCAGGUACAAGAAACUCCAGUUUCUCAGGUUGUAAGAAAGAAGACAUCAUCUUAUGUUGGACUAGUUCUUGUUCUUCUCAGAGGGCUUCCGGGAUCAGGAAAAUCUUUUUUGGCAAGGACUUUGCAAGAGGAUAAUCCAAGUGGAGUCAUUCUUAGUACUGAUGAUUAUUUUUACAUAAAUGGACAAUACCAGUUUGAUGUAAAAUACUUAGGAGAAGCACAUGAAUGGAACCAGAAUCGUGCAAAAGAAGCAUUUGAGAAGAAGGUAUCUCCUAUAAUAAUAGAUAAUACAAAUCUACAGGCAUGGGAAAUGAAGCCAUAUGUUGCUUUGUCUCAAAAACAUAAAUAUAAAGUCCUUUUCCGGGAACCGGAUACAUGGUGGAAAUUCAAACCAAAGGAACUUGCAAGGCGUAAUAUUCAUGGGAUAAGCAAAGAAAAAAUAACAAGAAUGUUGGAACACUAUCAACGUUUUGUUUCAGUGCCCAUAAUCAUGAGUUCUUCAGUUCCAGAGAAAAUGGAACGUAUCGAGUUGUGUGCAUAUUCUUGUGACAGAAGUACUAGCACAAGAGACAAUGAAGAUAUUGCCUCUGAAAAAGAAGAAAAUGUUUUAUCCUCGUCUCUGAAACAUCCAGAGUUAAUUGAAGAGAAGAAACAUGACGUGACCAAAGAAAAUUUGUUACCUGAGAAUGUUACAUAUCUCCCUAAUGCAGAUUUAAACAACGGAAAAAAAGAAAUAAGUGGUAUGAAUCCUAACAUUCAGAAUGCUUUCAUUCAGGAAGCUCCAGACAUUUAUUUUUCUGAUUCUGAAAGCAAAGAACGAGCAGCAGACAAAAGUGAAAAAGAAGAACCAGUAGAAAUGGCUCCUGAAAAAGAGUGUAGUAAAACCAAUGCAGAUAGUUUUGUAGAGAGAAUAUCACCAAGUAUUUGCUAUGGUGGAAAUAAUCAAGAAGACUGUGGUCUUUCAAAUACUGUACCACUUCAAAAUGAAAAAUCUUCAUCUAGUGAAACGCUGGAAGAAAGAGCAGGAGUAAAGAAAAAAGCCUUUGGAAAACAAAAAAGCAAAUCAACUUCGGAAAAGUUCCCAAGACAAGAGCUGUCUUUUGUUGGUGACUGGCCAGUUGAUAAGUCUAUUGGUCAGAGGACAAAAAGGAACCGAAAAACUGAAAAAGCUUUAUCUAUACAAAGUGACAAAAAGUAUAAUUGCCCUCAGUCACAUAAAGUAUUAGACAGUAGUUUAUCUGUGAGUAUAGAUUGUAUCCAGCCACAAGGAUCUCCACAUGAAAACGUAGAGGAUGACAGCAAGUCACAGUGUGAUGAUGCUUCAGAAUCUUUCAAUAGCUGUAAAUAUGGUACUUAUAAAAAUACUGAAAAAGACUCAUUCAACAUUGUGGGUGACUGGCCUUCAUCUGAUUCUUUAGCUCAGAGAGAGCACAGAUCAAGAAUGCCAAAGGCUGGCUUAAAUGAACCCAACCUAGAAUUUGGAAUUAACAACAGUAUGAAUGACAUGUCCUUAUAUACAGCACGUGAGGGCUGUUGGGGCACAAGCCCUGAAGAACUAAAAACGUUGGGUAGUUCUACUCGAGGAAGUUCUGAAAUGCUGCCCAAUGAAAUGACCUGUGAGAAUAAAACUUGUCCAAGUAAAAAGAUUCAUAGGCAGCACACAUUGUCUCUUACUUUUACCAAUAGUGUGCCAACUGCUCCUGGAGGAGUGAGACCACAAACUUUAGCUGAAUUUCAAGAAGAAAAGACUAAAGAAGUCCCUGGAAUAGAAGUAGGCAAGUGUACUCAGACUGAACCACAGGAUUUUGCUCUUUUAUGGAAAAUAGAAAAGAAUAAAAUUAGUGUUUCAGAUUCUCUGAGAGUAUUAACAGGAAGAUUAGAUGGAUUUAAACCGAAAGCUUUCAAUAUUAACACAAAAUUAGAUGUUCAAGAAACAAUUCCGUAUAGGGUAAUGUAUGACAAAAGCACAUAUGUUGAAGAAAGUGAGCUUACCAGUGCUGAUGAAUCUGAAAAUCUUAACAUUCUUUGUAAACUCUUUGGAUCGUUUUCAUUAGAAGCCCUAAAAGACCUAUAUGAGAGGUGUAACAAAGAUAUUAUUUGGGCCACAAGCCUUUUAUUGGAUUCUGAAACUAAAUUAUGUGAGGAUACUGAAUUUGAGAAUAUAAAAAAGUCAUAUGAUGAAGCACAAAUUGGGCCAUUUUCUCUGGGACUGAAUUUGAAGGAAAUUAUUAGCCAAAGAGGAAGCUUAGAGGAGUCUAAUUCUUCUGUGCCAGAAUUUAGCCAUGGAAUUGGUAUCAGUAACACUAAUGUACAGUCUACCUGUAAUUUAGAAAAGGAAAACUUAGAGCAGGCAGAAAUAACAGCUAUAACUACUGAAAAACGUGGAUUAAUAACAGGUAUAUUUCCUAAUGUAGAUCUCAAGAAUAAUAAUGAAGUACUUCCUAAUAGUCAGGCAGAACUUUCAGGUUUAUAUAAUGUUAAGCAGUUUUUUCCAGGCACUCUAAAAGCUACUGCCACUAAAAAUGUGAGUGAAAUGGAGAAGAAUCCAGAAGUCACUGAGAUUGGAGACAGUAUACAUUCUUCUUUGAAUUUGUCUGAUAUUUUAAAUUCUGUAUCGAGCACUUCGGAUCUUGAAUUACAUGAAGAAAUUUAUUUUACUGACUCUUUUGACAUAAAUAAAAGUGAAAAUCUUCCAAAGGAUUAUGUGAAAUUUCCAAACACAGAAGAAUUUAUGAAUGAAGAUGAACGGGAAGUGGAAAAAAUUCUAAUGGCAGGGAGUGCUUUGUCAGCUGGAGUUACUGAAGAAGAUAAAACUGAGACGUUGAAUCCCACACCAGUGAUGGCCAAAUCGCUGACCAUAGACUGUCUGGAAUUAGCAUUGCCCCCUGAACUGGCUUUUCAGCUCAAUGAAUUAUUUGGCCCUGUUGGUAUUGAUUCAGGGUCCCUAACAGUUGAGGAUUGUGUGGUUCAUAUAGAUCUGAAUCUGGCUAAAGUGAUUCAUGAAAAAUGGAAAGAAUCUGUAAUGGAGCGACAAAGACAAGAAGAGGUAUCCUGUGGCAAAUUAAUGCAAGAUCCUUCCCUGGUUGGGCGUGUUGGUCUUGAUAAUCCGGAACAAAAAUCAUCUCAGAGAAUGGGCAAAAAAUUACUGAAGACUUUAGCAGCACCUGAAAUGCUACCCUUAUUGGAUCACUGGAACACUCAUACUAAAAAAGUAUCACUCAGAGAAAUAAUGUCAGAAGAAAUUGCCUUACAGGAAAAGCAUGAUUUGAAAAGGGAGCCGCUUAUUAUUGAAAAAGAUUGCGCCACUAAACUAAAGGAGAAGCAGCUCUUUAAGAUAUUUCCAGCCAUUAACCAAAAUUUUCUGGUGGACAUUUUCAAGGACCACAACUAUUCAUUAGAACACACAGUGCAAUUUCUAAAUUGUGUUCUUGAAGGAGACCCUGUAAAGACAGUGGUAGCACAAGAGUUUGUUCACCAAAAUGAGAAUGUCACUUCUCAUACUGCACAGAAGUCUAAGGAGAAAAAGGCAAAGAAAUUGAAAGAGACUGAAGAUAUACCAAGCGAACCAUCUUUCCAGGAUUUUGAGUACCCAGAGUAUGAUGACUACAGGGCAGAGGCUUUCCUGCACCAGCAGAAGAGGAUGGAAUGCUAUAGCAAGGCAAAAGAAGCUUAUCGGUUGGGGAAGAAAAACGUUGCCACGUUUUAUGCCCAGCAAGGUAGUCUCCAUGAGCAGAAGAUGAAAGAAGCCAAUCACCUUGCUGCUGUGGAGAUCUUUGAGAAAGUCAAUGCCUCCCUGCUGCCACAGAAUGUUUUAGACCUCCAUGGGCUGCAUGUGGAUGAGGCUAUAGAACAUUUGAUGACAGUUUUACAGCAGAAAACUGAAGUUUGGUCUGCAUCAUCCUGGACAGUUUUGAAAAUACCUUUACUACGUGUAUUGUACGUUCAUCCAUAAUUGGUCUAUAGUAGCCUUUUUGUGAGUUUUAAAAAAUGAACGUACAUGGUGUCACACUAUAUCGUCAGCCAAGCCACGUAUUUUAUUUUUACCCAAUACAGUUUUCAAGAUCUACUCAUCUCGACAGAUUGAGUUUUUCUUUUUAUUAUAACUGCUGUGUAGUAUUGUGUGACCUUAUCAUAAUGUAUCCAUCCCUCUAUUGAUGGACGUUUAAUUAUAAUGCUGCAAUGAGCUUUAUUUUGCAUAUCAACAUGUGUACUCUUAUCACUAUCCUUUUUCCUAGCUUUUUAUAUUGAAAAAUUAAAAACCUGCAGAGAAGUUGAAAGAAUUGUACAAUAUACAUAUUGUACAGAUUUUGUACAGUAUAUGAAUUGUACAUAUGUCCUUUACCUAGAUUGAUUAGUCGUCAACAUUUGGCCACAUUUGUUUAUUAUCUCUCUAGAAUUUUUUUCUGCUGAACCAUUUGAGAAUAAGUCUCAUUAAACAUUGUGGCGCUUUACUUUUGCAUACCUCAGCAUGUUUAUCUCUUGAGGACAAAUUCAUUCUCCUACAUAAUCACAACACAUUAUCACUUUUAAGACAUUUAACAUUGUUAUAAUGAUGUUGUCUAAUAUACAGGCCAUAUUCAGAUUUUUCCAGUUAUAUGGAAAUGUCCUAUGUAGCUGGGUGCCAUGUUCCACCCCCAGUCCAGGAUCUAGUCAUGCAUCAUAUGUUCCAGUUGAUUGUCCCAAAUCUGUAGCCUCCUAUAAUAUAGAAGAGUUCCUCAGUCUGUUUUUUGUUUUCCAUGUUAUUGACAUUUUUAAAGACUCCACGCCAGUUGUUUGGUAGAUUGCCCUACAAUUUUAAUUUGAUUGUUUCUUCAUGAUUAGAUUCAGUUUAAAAUUUUCUUGGUGAAAAUACUGUAUAGGAGAUGUUAGGUCAUCCUUGGGGAACUAAUCAAGAGACAUAUAUGGUCAGUUUGCCCCAGUAUUGGUGGUGUUAAGUUUGAUUUCUUAGCUUAAUGUGGGACUCUAUCAUAUCAGAUUUCACUUUGUAAAUGUACCUUUUCUCCCUUUGUAAUCAAUUAGUAAAUUUUGGUGAUUGAUACUUUGUGACUGUGUGAAUAACUGUUCUCAUUUUGCCUAAUGAUUUUAGCAUUCACAGAUGAUCCUUGUCUGAAUCAAUUAUUAUAUUAGUGGUUGCAUAAUGGUGUUUUUAAAAAAAUUUAUUUUUUAAAAUUUAUUUAUUUUUGGCUGUGUUGGGUCUUUGCUGUUGCACGUGGGCUUUCUGUAGUUGCGGUGGCUUCUCUUGUUGCAGAGCACUGGCUGUAGGCACGUGGGCUUCAGUAGUUGUGGCAUGCGGGCUCUGUAGUUGUGGCUCACGGCCUCUAGAGCGCAGGCUCAGUGGUUGUGGCACAUGGGCUUAGUUGCUCCGCAGCAUGUGGGAUCUUCCAGGACCAGGGAUCAAACCCAUGUCCCCUGCAUUGGCAGGAGGAUUCUUAACCACUGAGCUGCCAGGGAAGUUCUCAUAAUGGUGUUUUAUAAUUUGCAUUCCUUCUCUGUUUAUUAGCAGACAUUCUUUGAUAAAGUAGAGGAUCCCCCUCCCCCAGUUGUUUUUUAAAUAGAAUUUUGAAAAUCUUGGCGAAAGAACUAGAAAACAACAACAAGUAAAGAUUAGAAAAGAGAAAAUUUAAGAGCAGUUUAAAUACAUUAUUUAAUCUGAAGAAAAGAAAAGUAGAAGUAUUAUAUGGAAGUAUUAUAAGGGAGUAUUUUGUCUAUAGAGGAUGAGUAAAUCAUUUACUCAAUAAAAUUUGAUUAUCUUCUGUAUUCCAGACAUCAGGGAUAAAGCAGUGAAAAAGACACACAAUCCCUGUCUUUAUGGAGUUUGCUGUCUAGUAGGAUAGAUGACAGUGAAUAAAGAGUUACAUAAAUGGUUAGCAUUGUGAUAAGAAAGUACAGGUUGCUAUGUUUCAUUUAGCAUAAAUUCCCAGAUCCCUACAUAAUUGUUCCUUGGCCUGUCUCUACAUUCUCAUCUUGUGUUUUGCUUCUUCUCCUUUUCUUUAUGUUUAUCUACACUAUCAUUUGUUGACCUCCAGAUUAAAUUAGGCUCCCUAUUGAAAACCUCUCAUAGUACUCCUCUGUAUCACAGUACUUAUAAAAAGCUUGUUGUAUAAUUGAUUAUUAAAUGUCCAUCUUUUUGGCCAAGAAUUGAGUCAGUGAUGAUUAUUGAAUCAUUGUUGUAUAUUGAGCCUUUCAUUCACUACUUUAAAAAACUUUUGAAUAAAUGACUGAAUAAAGGGUAGGUAUUCCUCUCAUUUUAUAGAUAAGGAAACUGAAGAUAUAAAUAGUUUAAUAAAGUGGAAAAUAAUAAGUGUCGGUAAGGAUAUAGAGAGUUGGAACCCUCAUAUAUUGCUGGUGGGAAUGUUAAAUGGUACAACCACUGUGGAAAAGGUUGACAUUCCUUGAAAGGUUAAACACAGAGCUACCAUAUGACCCAGCAGUUCUGCUCCUAGGUUUGUACACAAGAGAAUUGAAAACACAAUUCAUGCACACAAAAGCUGGUACAUGAAUGUUCAUAAUAGCCAAAAGGUGGAAACAACCCAAAUCUAUCAACUGGUGAAUAGAUAAAAAUCCAUACAAUGGAAUAUAAUUCAGCCAUAAAAAGGAAUGAAAUGCUGAUACGUGCUACCACAUGGAUGAACCUUGUAAACAUUAUGCAGUGUGAAAAGAAGCCAGAUACAAAGGGCCACAUAUUACACGAUUUCCAUUUAUUGUACAUGAAAUGUCUAGAAUGGGCAGAUCAAUAGAAACAGAAAGUACAUUAAUGUUUGCUGGGACUGGAAACGGGGGGAUGGAGAUUGACUGCUAACAGGAACAGAAUUUCUUUUUGAGAUGAUGGAAUGUUCUGGAAUUAGAUCAUGUUGAUGGUUACACAACAUUGUAAUGUACUAAAAACUACUGAAUUGUACAUUUUAAAAUCAUGAACUUUAUGUUAGGUGAAUUUUAUCUCAAUAGAAAAAAUUAUGAGAAUAAAAGUGUUAAAUAAUUUGUGUAAGGUGAUACUGGAUCAGACCCAAGAUACAAACCCUUUUUGGAAGCCAAAACCCAUCUUGUGCGUGCUACCUGUGGUAGCCUGUAGUUACUGACAUCACCAGCAGAUGGUAGUAUUGUUGAAUAGAAAUGUGUCCAGGGGAAAAAUCUGUGGCUCUGCCCCACAUUGCUUUUUAGUCAUAAAAGAUAAUUGUCAAAAUUGGGGAUGAAUUUUAAAAAAAAAAGAUAUCUGACCCUUUUGUGUCUUCUUAUUGAAAUAUACACCAUUACUACUCACGAAGCCUCUUUUGCCCCCAAAUAACCAGAAGCAGGUAAAGCCUUUAGAUCUGACUACUACUUUAUACAGAUUUAUAGGGAACAGAGGAACAUGUUAGAUGGCACCAUGGGGAUACAGUCAGCAAAAUCCAGAUUGUAAAUAUCUAGGAUAAAUUAUCUAAUUUUUUCAACAAAUUGUAAAAAAAAAAGAUAAGAAAGCACACACACACACACACACACACACACACACACACACACGGGGAAGGAGAACCUUUAGAUUAAAAGUUAAGAAAUAUAUCAACCAAAUACAAUGUGUGGAUUUGUUUCAACCCUGAUUCAAACAAAUCACAGUAAAAACAUUUUUUUGAGACUACUGGGGGACAUUUUUAGCCGUUUUUAGAAACAUAUUAAGGAACUAUUUUUAACUUUGUACCAUAUGAUGGUGACAUUGUGGUUAAGUUUUUUUUAAAGAGUCCUUAUCUUUUUGAAUACAUACUGAAAUAUUUACAGUUGAAAUCAUAAGAAAUCUGAGAUAUGCUUAAAAAUCAGUUUAAAAAGCUGAUAAGCAGGAUUGACCUGAAAUUUGGGAACCUAAGCAUAUUAUAUUAAUUCAUUCAAUAAACAUCCUCUGACACCCACUUUGAGGCAUGUGAGAACAUUUUCAGAGCAGUAAGUAAACUAUUGAAAGGUGAAAUGCUGUAAAUAACUGACUUAACUGAUGAGAGGAGCGGUAGUGAAGGAGUGAUGAGAGCUGAAUUAUGGUUAGUUGAGAGAUGUUUUUUUUAAAGUAAGCAUUUAUUUGUAAAAUCACAUACAUAAAGAACAAUGCACAAAUAAUUAUUGUAUAGCGUAAAAACUUUUUACAAAGUGAAUACCCGUGUAUAACCAUCACCCAGAGAGAGUUGAAUUUUGAACAAAAUGUUGCUUGAAGUUAUGGAGGUGGAUCUUAAGCAAAGAAGGAAUUAUAAAUGCAGGAGCAACAUAUCCACUAAAAUUCUAGUCUAAAUAUUGCCCUGGAGAUAUGAGACUCGAAAAACAAUCUGUGGAUCUGAUGGAGUCUUAGGGCAACUUACUGAGCAGAAUAUGGAAUGUUUAUGUAUUUUAUGCUAAAGGUCAAAACUUGUGCUAUUUAUAACUGAGGAACAAGUAUCUAUUGAAUUAUUAAAUCAACUCCUAUUAUUAACAGGGUUUUUUUGUUAUUUUGUUGUAGCUGUUACUGACUUUCAGGAUUUAUAUACUUGAUUUUCACAAGGUCAUUUCCAGAGCAGGAGCUGUGGUCUCUUAAGAGUCUCAGGUUCAUUCGAUAUUUUAAAAUCAUCUGUUUGGAAGAGUUUCUUAAGUUAAUAAUUGAUUAUCUUUAGCAGUAAGUCUGUAGUCCAUGCUAUAAUUAGUGGAUUUGCUAAUGGCUAUUCCUGAGGAUGAUCUUCUAUAAAGUAGUUGCGUUAUACCCCAUUUUAUUGAUAAGGAAAUAGGCACAGAUAGGCUAAAUAAUUGUCCAUGGUCCUAUCACAGUCAUUUAGUGGCAGAGCUGCUAAUCAGACCAAAGCUGGGUGGCUUCAGAGUAAUAGAGUUGUUGUAAAGAUUCUUAGUUAAUAAAUAUAAGUCACUUAAAGCAAUGCCUGACUCCCAUGUGUGUAAUGAUUGUUAAGUAUCAUUAAUAUUAUUGUUGUCAUCAUUAUUUCAGAGAGAAAUUCUGAUAGCACAUGGAAAUCUCUCUCCCCACAGGAGAAGUCCCACUUAAGUCUUUAGGUGGAUGAGUUGCUAGGAAGCUUCCAUACUUAUAGUGUAGAUGAAACAGUACAUUUAAAAACAUUAAUUUGGGGAUUUUUAAAGUGAUAAAUCUCUAAAUCCUCAUGAAAAUUACUUCAUACGUGUUUGAGUAAAGGUUUGUUUUCUGUUGAGAAUGUAAGAUAGAUCAAUUUUAACGGUUCCAAUUCCUGU